UUAACAAGGACUUGUUCAAAAUAUUACGAUCAUCUCAUCUCCCUUUGUAAACAAAGACUUGGUUCUUUUGUUUAUUGAUUAAGUCGCUUGCUUAUGAUCUUUAACAAAGACUUGGUUCGAAAUUUUUACGAUCAAAUUACAGUGGUUUCAUCUUCAACCUUCAUUCUCCCUCCUUCUCUUCUCAUCUCAAGCCCUUCUUCUGGAAUAUCGAUGGAAGCGAAAGAAGCACAACCAUCUACCACUGUUGUCUCGACUCAAACUCAGCCCAUUACUGAGCCUGAAACAAGUAUCCGACCUGAAGAAGAAUCAGGAACAGCGGAACACAAUCUCUCAGAGCUACUUGCUAGAGACACAGUUUUCAGCGUGAGUGAAAUAGAGGCUCUCUUUGAGCUGUUUAAAAAAAUCAGCAGUGUUGUCACUGAUGAUGAUGAUGGGCUAAUAAACAAGGAAGGGUUUCAACUGGCCUUAUACAUGACCAAUGAAAAAAAGAGCUCGUUUGCAGACCAGAUAUUCGACUUGUUUGACACAAAGCAUAAUGGAAUACUGGGGUUUGAGGAGUUUGCUCGUGCACUCUCUGCCUAUCAUCCAAAUGCUCCUUUUGAAGACAAGAUUAACUUUUCGUUUCAGCUGUAUGAUCUUAAGCGGCAAGGUUUCAUGGAGAGGCAGGAGGCAAGACUCCAUAUAUAUAUAUAUAUAUAUAUAUAUAUAUUCUCAAGCUCAAUAGACUCACCAGUGAAACACUUCCUGGUGUCUACUUUUGCGCAGUCUGCAGGCAUAGAACUGGAAGACGAAAUCAUAGAGGGUCUAGUCGACAAGAUGCUUAAGAAGGCUGAUAAGAACCAUGAUGGGAGGAUCGACAAGGAAGAGUGGAGAACCUUUUGUAUCAAGUAUCCUGAUGUUCUGAGGUUUAUAGUUGUGGAGUAUCUCAAGGAUCUCACGACUAAGUCUCCCAGCUUUGUGUUUGAUCAUAACCAUCGGAUCACAAGUUUCCGGUUCGAGUAACCACCACCGCUGGAAAUAAACUAAUAUUAUAUGAUGUGGUUCAGGCAUACUAGAGCUAGAAAGCUUGGCAGUUGUGUUUGUGUGUUUCUUCUGAGUGUAUCAUUUUCAUUUGUUUCAGUAUAAACUACAGUUUCCAAAAGUUUGUUGUUUCUUUUGUGAAGGAAAAGAACUUAAGUCUGUAUUUUUCUGUUUCCCGUUUGGUUUACUACAAAAUUUAUUGACCACGUCAAGGGGGUAUAUGACACAGAGUGGUGGCAAUUUGUAGAGUUAGUAGUAAAUGAAGAUGAUUUUCAACGUUU